AUGGACAAAGAUUGCGACAUGGUAUAUAAAAACAUUUCUGACAUAUAUAAAUCUGAGGAGUUUAAGACUUACGAUAACUUUGUUUCAUUAGUUGCAAAAUGUGUUUGGGAAAUAAGAGAUAAAGAUAGAAGAGGCAAAGUAUGGAACGAACAAAUAAGACCCGCUAUGUUUGAGAUGAAGAGAGCAAUUGACGCCUUAGUUGUUUUAGCUGGUUUUAUUUCAAUGUAUAACGCAAAAAUGAACCCGCAAUGUUCAAAAUGUAAGGCAGCAAUUAGGAAAUAUAACUACUCAGUCAAAGAGAUAGAAAGAAUGAGAAACGACUAUGCAGACUUAAAGAAAGAAGCAGAAAAGCCAGUAGAAGAUAAAAUGAACAUGUUAGAAUUUCUGAACAAAAACUAUCCAACAGCAGAAGAUUUCCUUCUAUCUGACGUCAAGAAGAAGUAUAAAGAAACCUUCGGUAUUGUUAAAACUUUUGACAUACUGACAGAAGAAAUAGAAGCUACGAAAUUGUUUAGGAUUUCAAAUAUACAUCGUACAAUUCAUGUAAAACGCUUGUGA